AUGCGUUUCACUACUGCCACUGUUGCCUUCUUCGCCGGCCUUGCCAUUGCCGCCCCCGGUGCCGACAAGACCGUCUACGAGACCGAUGAGGUGACCAUCACCUCCUGCGCUCCUACUGUCACCGACUGCCCCGGCAACAGCGGUGCCGGUGUUGAGCCCACUGGCAGCACCACCCCCUCCAGCGUUCCCGCCGCUGUCACCUCCCCUGCCGGUGAGGCCCCCGAGACCUCCGUUGCCUCCGAGACCCCCGCCUGGUCUUCUGAGACCCCUGCCUGGUCCUCCGUCCCCACCUGGGCUCCCAGCGUCCCCGCUCCUAGCGCUCCUUCCAGCGUUCCCAGCGCUCCCGCUCCCCCUGCUGGCACCCCCGUGGUCUCCUCCAGCGUAAUUGCCGUCACCACCUGCAUCCCCACCGUUAUCUACUCCACCGUGCCCGUUUCUGCCACCACUCCCGCUGGCAGCAACGUCCCCCACGGUCCCACCGGUGGUGUUCCCCACGUUCCCUCCAGCAGCAAGGGUGUUGCCACUGGCACUGCCUCUGUCUCCCCCGCCACCUCCUCCCCUGCCUUCAACGGUGGUGCUACCCUCAGCGGCUCCCUCGGCUUCGCCGGUGCUGCCGCCGUUGCCGCUUUCUUCCUGUAA